UCCGCGGAGCCCCCUGCGCGUGGCACAUGGGGCGCCUGACUGAGGCGGCGGCAGCGGGCAGCGGCGCUGGGGCUGCGCGCUGGGCAGGGUCCCCUCCCACGCUCCUGCUGAUCUCUCCCACGUCCCCCGGGUGCACGGCCACCAUGGCGUCCAGCGACGAGGACGGCACCAACGGCGGCGCCUCGGAGGCCGGCGAAGACCGGGAGGCCCCCUGCAAGCGGAGGCGCCUCGGGCUCUUGGCCACUGCCUGGCUCACCUUCUACAACAUCGCCAUGACCGCGGGGUGGUUGGUUCUAGCUAUUGCCAUGGUACGUUUUUAUAUGGAAAAAGGAACACACAGAGGUUUAUAUAAAAGUGUUCAGAAGACACUUAAAUUUUUCCAGACAUUUGCUUUGCUUGAGAUAGUUCACUGUUUAAUUGGAAUUGUACCUACUUCUGUGCUUGUGACUGGGGUCCAAGUGAGUUCAAGAAUCUUUAUGGUGUGGCUCAUUACUCACAGUAUAAAACCAAUCCAGAAUGAGGAGAGUGUGGUGCUUUUUCUGGUCGCGUGGACUGUGACAGAGAUCACUCGUUAUUCCUUCUACACAUUCAGCCUUCUUGACCACUUGCCAUACUUCAUUAAAUGGGCCAGAUAUAAUUUUUUUAUCAUCUUAUAUCCUGUCGGAGUUGCUGGUGAACUUCUUACAAUAUAUGCUGCCUUGCCAUACGUGAAGAAAACAGGAAUGUUUUCGAUAAGACUUCCUAACAAAUACAAUGUCUCUUUUGACUACUAUUAUUUUCUUCUUAUAACCAUGGCCUCAUAUAUACCUUUGUUUCCACAACUCUAUUUUCAUAUGUUACGUCAAAGAAGAAAGGUGCUUCAUGGAGAGGUGAUUGUAGAAAAGGAUGAUUAAAUGAUCUCUGCAAACAAGGUGCUUUUUCCAGAAUAACCAAGAUUACCUGAGUCCAAGUUUUAGUAACAAGAAUAAACAACUUUGUGAAAUA